AACAUUGUAAAUCGUGUACAAUCGAUUUUCAUGUUAAUUAUACUUCUAAUAAGUUCUAACGAAGUCGUCAUUACAAUGAACAGUUCCUACCGAAACCUAUUUUAAAAACUCCACAUUAUCUACGUACCGAAACGGUGUAUUUUUGAAUCGCAUAUGUGUACGCGUUUCAUCAAAUGUGCGUUGAUUUUUCGUUAUAAAAUUCAAAAUGAAUAUCGGAAAAAUUAAAAUAUUAUUUUCUAAUACUAGACAAGUGAAACGUAUGAGUUCGUUUUUCACUUAUCAUCCUGAUCGAACACCGGAUCAUAUGGGUGAGACACGAAAAUUAAACAUGUUUCAAGCUAUCAAUAACGCAAUGGAUAUCGUUUUAGAAAAAGAUUCUACUGCAGUGGUUUUCGGCGAAGAUGUAGGUUUUGGUGGAGUGUUUCGUUGUACGAUAGAAUUACAAAAGAAAUAUGGAAAAGAACGUGUUUUUAAUACACCAUUAUGCGAACAAGGUAUUGUAGGAUUUGGCAUAGGCUUGGCAACUUGUGGAAGCACAGCUAUUGCUGAGAUUCAAUUCGCUGAUUAUAUGUUUCCAGCUCUAGAUCAAAUAUGCAACGAAGCAGCAAAAUAUCGAUAUCGAAGUGGUAAUUUGUUCAACUGUGGUAAACUGACGAUUCGUACGCCUUGCUCAGCCAUUGGUCAUGGAGCUCUGUAUCAUUCCCAAAGUCCAGAAGCAUAUUACACUCACACGCCUGGAAUAAAAAUAGUAAUACCAAGAGGUCCUGCGAAAGCCAAAGGAUUACUAUUAGCUUGCAUAAGAGAUAACGAUCCUUGUUUAUUCUUCGAACCUAAAGCCUUAUAUCGAGCUGCAGUUGACGAAGUGCCCAUUGCUGAUUACGAAAGCGAAUUAGGAAAAGCUGAUAUUUUAUUAACAGGAAGCGAUGUCACACUUAUUGGUUGGGGUACUCAAGUACACGUGCUCUUAGAAGUAGCUGAACUUGCUAAAGAAAAACUGAAAGUAAAUUGCGAAGUUAUCGAUUUAGUAUCUUUACUGCCCUGGGAUAAGCAGACAGUUGUCAACUCUGUCAAAAAAACCGGAAGAGUUGUAAUCGCUCACGAAGCGCCAAAAACCAGCGGAUUUGGUAGUGAAAUUGCAGCAACGAUACAGGAGGAAUGUUUUCUUCAUCUCGAGUCACCUAUCGCCAGAGUCACUGGUUUUGAUACCCCUUUUCCUCACGUAUUCGAACCGUUUUAUUUACCUAACAAAUGGCGAUGUUUUCAAGCAAUCAAAGAACUAACGGAAUACUGAAAAAUACAAUAACAAGGGUUAAGACUGCUGCGGUAAAGUGAUAUUAAACAAUCGUGUUCGUUGACGAUUGAAUAUUUUUACAAUUUUACCAUUUUUCAUUUUAAAAUAAAAACUUAAAAAAUUAACAA